AACACCCCGCAGGGUUGCCCUGGUACCUGUUCAGAUGAGCCUGGGCAAGAUACUCGCUGAUUACCCCGCUGACUUCCUUUCUCCGUCAGCUUGUGCAAUGAUCAUCCUGGAUUCACAAUUCCCACUAUCCCAUAUCCUAUGGGAGAAGAGCACAGAAGCAGGCAGAGAGGUAACCUUACUCGCCGAAGCAGCUGUGGAUAUCUGUCGAGUGUCGAGUUGGGGAUAACCCGUUGGUUUCCGCUCCCUGCUUGGGCGGAGGGAGUAUUUGUCAAUUGAUUGACAGCACGGAGGUUUCUAUCAUUGCAAACUGGCUGGUUGGUCUGUUUGUCGGUGACUGUGUUCAUGACUCUACCUACAUACAUACUUCACCGACUGUAUGCUGUUGAUGAGACCCCCUUGGCAUCUAUUCAACAAGCCAAGCUUCAAGUCUUACAGUCCAAUAUCCACACGUGACCAGAAGGUUCCCACUGGGGCAAAAAGAGCAAACAAGACAAACAAAAGUGACGUGGGGGAUAAUGCGUGGAGGCGUGGAGGCCUGGGAUACACUUGCCUCACUCUUUGUAGCGUGACAUCCCACUCACCCACCCCCCACAUGCACUCGCUUGUACCUGUCACUUACCAAGAUACACUACCAUACGUGUCAGUCAAAUCAGAGGCUCACUGGGCACAACGUUCUCAGAAUGUUCCCCGCUUCAAAUGCAGGCUCUUGCGCUUACAGAAGUGUAUGGUACCAGUGCAGCUCAGUACCGUACAGUAGCUUGACGCCACGACACCAAGGAGACGAAUGAGACUCUGCGCCAAUCCUGCUAAAAUAUUCCCAGACCUCAACUCCUCCACUCCGGACCUCCGUGACAAUAUCCACAGUGGUCGAGAUGGUGGGAGGGAAACAGAACCAAGAGACGGAUCUCGUCUCACCUCCGAUGAAUCCGCUGCGAUUAUCUGCUGUACUGAGUUGCACCACCGCCCCGGAUCAUCUGUCAUUCCCAUCUAGAUAGGCAUCGCGAAUCCAGGCAAAUACCCAGACUCCGCCUCAUUUUUAACCACAAUCGGAUCUUGGACGGCACUUGGCAUUGUCAUCGCGUCUCGCCAACUCUUGGAACUUUCCCACUUCUUUGUGCGGAGAGGGAGGCGAGAGUGUGUUACUAACAUGUUUGUGUGUUUGGUAUACUUACUUAUUUUACCCUGCUGCAUAUCAUCUGGUCACGAUGAUACUCUGCAGUGCGUGCGCCGCUGUUGAGACUGUCGUCACCUCUGCCAAUAAUAGCUUGGUGAAUGACGGGAGGCCGACUGACGCCGCCUUUAUCAAGCCCCCGCAUCCCCAUCUUCCAUCUCCUUUCCCUUUCAGUACUCUACUUCCUUUUUGAAGUACAUUCCUCCUUCAUUACAUUUUCCAUUUCGUCGUUGAACCAUCUAGUAGUUCAACGCCCCCUUUCCUACUUCACCUGUCCACCUCUUAUUGAAUGGUUAUUACUGAUCCGGAAUCCGCACUUGAGGAAUGGCACAACCUUCCCUCACCACCACCUACCUUGCGCCCUGAUCGGGUAGAUAGCGCAAAGGAAAAGGUUGCUAUAACCCAUAUUGGCAAGAACUGUUCUUCCGGAUCUAGCCUAAGCAACACCCUUAACGAAGACGACCUCCCCGACUGGGAGACCACUACUCACACAGAAAGAUACUGGGACGGCGGCGCAGAAUCCGCUCACGCCAUCGAUGUCGAUGCCAUCGCAAGCAAGUUACAAGUUGACCUUCAACAUGGACUCGAGGGCAAGGAGGCAGCGGCUCGACUUGAACGGGAUGGCCCUAACAAGCUUGCGAGCGCUGGGGGAAUAUCGGCGUGGAAAAUCCUCUUAAGACAGGUCUCCAAUAGUUUAACCAUCGUCCUCCUCCUGGCUAUGGCACUGUCGUAUGGCACACUAGAUUUCAUUGAAGGUGCCGUCAUCACAGCUGUCAUCCUCUUGAAUAUCAUUCUUGGGUUCGUCCAGGAUUAUCAGGCGGAGAAGACUAUGAAGUCCCUCCAGGGCCUCGCGGCCCCAACGUGCAAGGUCGUUCGUAACAAGGGAAAGGUUGACGCCGUCAAAGCUGAGGCUCUCGUCGUGGGAGACAUCGUCCAGAUCUCUGUGGGCGAUGUUGUCCCGGCGGAUCUUCGGAUUUUUGACGGCGUCAAUUUGGAAAUCAAUGAGGCUCUUCUCACCGGAGAGUCAUUACCAGUCAUCAAAAUGCCCAAGAUUACCUUGAGCAUGUUAGACCUUCCCCUCGGGGACCGCACGAACUGCGCCUAUUCGGCCACUACCGUGACUAAGGGUCGCGGAAGUGGCAUUGUCAUCGCUACCGGCAUGAAGACCGAAGUUGGCCGCAUCGCUGAGAUGCUCCAAGAUCGUAAAUCAACCAAGGAAACGAAUCCUUUCAAGCGAUUCUUCAUUUCCCUCCGGGAUGGUGCCAAGAACAUCCUCGGUCUCGUCGGCACGCCUCUACAGGUUACACUCAGCAAGUUCGCCAUCAUGUUAUUCGGCUUGGCUCUCCUCCUCGCCAUCAUCGUUUUCUCUGUCAACAAGUGGCAUCUCUCGGAUGAGGUCGUCAUCUAUGGAAUCUGUGUCGCUGUAGCUGUUAUCCCUGAAUCUCUCAUCGCUGUCUUGACUAUUACCCUUGCCAUCGGCAUUAAGGCCAUGGCGAAGGGCCAUGUGAUUGUAAGGAGAAUGCAGGCUCUUGAGGCUAUUGGCGGCAUCACGCAUAUCUGCUCCGACAAGACUGGUACGCUCACUCAGGGCAAGAUGAUUGCUAGGAAGGUGUGGGUACCAGAGAUUGGAACGCUUGGAAUUUAUGAUACUACGGAUACGUUCGACCCUACCAGCGGGCAUGCAAUGAUUGAUGAAGUGGCAAUGGAUAAGUCUAUGGAGCUGAACGCAACACUUGAGAAACUGCUUCACGCAGUUGCCCUCUGCAACCUCUCUACAGUCUACCACAACAUCGAUGAAAACAGCGAGAAAGCAACUCCAUCAUGGACUGCAGUGGGUGAGCCUACGGACAUCGCCCUCCAAGUCCUUGCUACACGUUUCGGCCUCGGCAAACCCGACAUCCUGGAUACUGAGGAAAUGACAUUCUUGGCCGAACAUCCAUUCAACUCCGCCAUCAAGCGCAUGUCAGUAGCCUACCAAAACGGCACUGAUACCAUCGACGUCUUUCUCAAGGGCGCCGGCGAGAGUGUCCUCCCCAUGCUCACAUCCUCGCCUGCUGAGAAAGCCGAGAUCGAGAAGCGCAUGCAAGAACUGGCCCGUGAGGGUCUUCGAGUCUUGUGUAUUGCCACCAAAUCCGUUCCUUCGACUUCGAAGAAGGAUAUCGAGAGCAGAGAAUGGACGGAGAGUAACCUGGAAUUCCUAGGCCUUGUAGGCCUCUACGAUCCGCCUCGUGUUGAGACGGCUGGUGCUAUUACGGCCUGUACGAAAGCUGGGAUUAGCAUUCAUAUGUUAACUGGUGACCACAUCGACACCGCUACCGCGAUCGCCAAAGAAAUCGGCCUCAUCACCGAUCUCAGCUUCACCACAUCCAACGCCAACACCAUUGUCAUGCAAGGCGGCCAAUUCGACAAGCUCUCAGAAGACGAAAUCGACGCCCUCCCCUCCCUCCCCCUCGUCCUCGCCAGAUGUAGCCCCGCCACCAAAGUCCGCAUGGUCGACGCCCUCCACCGCCGGGAAGGCUUCUGCGUCAUGACCGGCGACGGCGUUAACGACGCCCCGGCCCUCAAACGCGCCGACGUCGGUAUCGCCAUGGGCCUCAACGGCUCCGACGUCGCCAAAGACGCGGCCGACAUGAUCCUGACAAACGACGACUUCGCGUCCAUCGUCAAAGCCGUCGAAGAAGGCCGGCGCCUCUUUGCCAACAUCCAGAAAUUCCUCAUGCACCUCCUCAUCUGCAACAUCGCGCAGGUCCUCCUCCUCCUCAUCGCUCUCGCCUUCCGCGACGCCUCGGGCGCAUCCGUCUUCCCGCUGUCUCCCCUUGAAAUCCUUUGGGUAAACAUGAUCACCUCCUCCUUCCUCGCCCUCGGCCUGGGCAUGGAAGAGAAGACCUCAGACAUCAUGCUCCGCCCCCCGCACAGCCUGCGCAUCGGCGUCUUCACCCGCGAACUCAUCGUCGACAAAAUGAUCUACGGCACGCUAAUGGGCUCCCUCUGCCUCGCCGCCUUCGCCAUCGUCGCCUUCGGCGCUGGCGGCGGCGACCUAGGCGAUGGCUGCAAUGACGGCUACAACUCGUCCUGCGACGUCGUCUUCCGCGCCCGCGCAACCGUCUUCGCCGUCCUCUCCUUCCUCAUCCUCGUCACCGCAUGGGAGGUAAAGCACUUCUCGCGCUCUCUCUUCGCUCUCGACCCUGCCAAGUUCCGCGGUCCCCUCGGGGGUAUCGGAGAGGCGCUCUGGUAUAACCGCUUCUUGUUCUGGGCUGUGGCUGCGGGAUUCCUAAUCACGUUCCCCGUUGUUUAUAUCCCGACGGUUAAUACGGCGGUGUUUAAGCACAUGGGGAUUACGUGGGAGUGGGGCGUCGUGGUGGGUGCGCUGGCGGUGUAUGUGGCAGGUGUUGAGGCAUGGAAGGCGGUCAAGCGCCGUUUGGGCUUGUUUGGGAGUAAGAGGUCGGCAGUUGAUGGGGUUGGGGGGGGGUUAGCUUAGGUUUUUGAUCUGUCAGCUCUGUAAGCGUUGGCGGCUGAUAGGGCCGUAAGGCUUGUCAGGGCUGUGUGGAAGGUGAGCGAAGGGGGAGAAUGCGAAGCAGGUUAAAUUGACCUUGGUGGUUUAGGGUGGGGGGGAUUACUGAUCUAUUUCGGGGAUUGGAGAUUGGGAUCGGGGUUUAGGAGGGGUUUAAGAGGGGUUCACUGUCUUUACUGAUCUGCGGUUGUCUCUCUACUGUUCUUGGCUGUCUCUACCAGUCUCUUCCUUUCUUACGCCGUUGAAUCCGGCGAGCAUCGUUAUUAUCGAGUAGGUUGGGUUAUGGUCGUGGUCAGAGCUUUUUUACGUCCUUUAGCGGCAGGUCAUUCAUUAGCCCCACCACGUACACCUUCACAAUAAACCACU